CUGUAAAAAAUACAUAAUUUAUCAAUAAAUUGAAAGAUUGCAGAAGUUGGAGUCGCAAUUCCAUGUCGCAUAAGGAUUUCUACAGAUUUAUGUGUGCGUUUGUUUAAUAGAUUCUGUUGUUAAUUCACUUGCUUCCCUCACGAAGUUUCUUUCUCGAUUACGCUCAAAAAGGCAAUAUUAUAUAAAAAAACUGUCGUCGUACUCUUAUAAUAUUCACAAUACACUCCGAUGAAGUCUUUACAGCGUGUAAAGGAGCGGAUUUUCUCGUUAUUCCUUAGGCGACUUUUCCUUAUACAAAAUGUGCUUUUCCUUCUAGGUUUCUUAUGGAUAUUUGUUUUACCACUAAACGAAUACAGUACCGCCAAUCGUAUAUCCGAAAACGCCUUAUUGCCUGGUCAAACGAACACCUUUUUUGGUGACAACCAACAUAAUACCAUUAACGCAGCUCGCGAUCUUGUGGGAAAUUGGAUUGAGUAUGAAAGUACGCACAACGACUCGUAUCAAAAGUAUGAACAGCUCUCAGAUAUAUUUUCGACUAUGGGCUUUCCCACACAAAUUCAAUCGUAUACGGCCGUGUCACAGGGGCAAACACUUCAUGGCUAUAAUUUCUACACUAGUCUUCAUGCUCCACGCGGUGACUCUACAGAAGCAGUUCUGCUUUGCGCUCCGUGGAAGGAUGCUGAAGGUCGGAUCAACCAUGGAGGUGUAGCGCUGUUGAUUGCCUUUAUGAAGUAUUUAGAGGGUUGGUCACUACUGUCGAAAGAUAUUGUUUUUGUCGUUAGUGAAGAUCCAGUUACGGCUGUCUCUGCAUUCAUGCAUGCAUACCACAAUAUCCCUUCCAAAACGAUUGAGUUUGAUUCACUUCAAUUCCUUUCUGGAACCAUUCAAGCUGCUUUGGCUUUAGAAUAUCCCAGCAACUCUACUUCUUUCAGCGGUAUCGAAUUAUUGUAUGAUGGUAUAAACGGCCAACUCCCGAACUUAGACCUCAUUAAUACGGUUGUCCGUAUAGCCAAUUAUCAGUUCAGUAUACCUGUAAAGAUUCAAAACAAGUACUUUUACAUUGGCCAAACUGACAGCUAUCUUCCUCGGCUCGACACAUUAAUCCGAAGCAUGCAGAGUCAGAUGCUUGCAUCCAUUCGGGGUGCACACGCCGUUACUCUUCCUUAUCGCAUCGACGCGAUUACAGUGCGCGCGUUUCAAAAUGAUCAUUACACACUUGACAUUCGAGUUUUGGGUCGCUUACUUGAGAGUACUUUACGCAGUCUAAACAAUUUACUGGAACACCUUCAUCAAUCCUUCUUUUUGUUUUUGUUACUCGAGCCCACGAGAUUCGUGAGUAUUGGAAAUUACCUUCCAGCUGCUCUGUUGAUUGCUGCUAGUUACACGAUCAGCGGCAUCCAAUUUCGGCUUACUCGUGACGCAACCCAGAGCGUUUGGAUAUCCUUUGGACACUGGCUCGUCAAUUAUGUGAUAGCAACUCUUACCUUUAUGGCUGCACACUCACUUAAGGGCACACAGUUGUGGUUUGCUUUGGGUAGUCUUGCUGGCUGUUUUUUCAUUCACACACGCAAACUAAAAUCAGCUCAUGCACAUGACAUUAUGUCUUUCACAAUGUUGUUUACGGGACUUUCUCUUGCGGUCAUCAGCACACUCAACUUUUCUCUCUCCUUCCUGCUUGGACUAUGGGUCUUUCCCUUGCAAGUAAUCUGUGCACGUUUCCACAAAAGCCGUGUUGCCGCCCUUCUUUGGGUGAUACCGUUUGCUCUCCCUGCGGUGUUUCUGUACGCUAUUGUCCCUGCAAACACAGAAGCCGACUCCUUCUUCCGGAAACUCGCCAUUGAGUUUGACACUUGUUCCUCAAACUACCUCACCUACGCCUUCUUCCUGCUUUUACUGCCAUCUAUAAUGGCUACUAUUCAACGUUUAUCUCGAACAACCGUUAGCGCUAGUCCGGCAAAGAAAAACAACUAGCAUCACGUUCACUUCUGUUUUAUAGAACGCUUCCUUUAUCCUACCUUCUAGCCUUUUUCCGUCAUCCUUUCGUUGAACAGCAUGUGCUAAAACCUCUACUCCAUAAGUCACCGUUACUUUUUCUCUAAUAAAAAAAUCGUAAUCAUUUCAUCCGUCUAGUAAGUAUUUCUAAAAGACAACUUGC